UAUUUACAAGUCAAAAAUCAAAUCAAAUUGAGUACGAAAUAACUCGAUUUGUAAUACCGUACCUAAAACGGGUUCGAACACCCGGUUUACCCACGAGGACAUGACACAGCCUUACACCAGUAUCGCAUCACCUCUCCAUUUCUCUCUCUCUCUCUCUCUCUCCAGACAUUUGCAUCACUCCAUUUCUUUCCAAUGAAACUACUUGUCGGCUGCAUUUAUUUCUAAGAAGUUUCCUUGAUCAUCCAAGUUUCCUUGAUCCAACGUUGAGUUUCAAUUUGCUCAGAUCCCAGAAAUUUUAAUUUCCAAUACAAAUCAUGUUUCUUUUUGAUUGGUUUUAUGGGAUCUUAGCCUCUCUUGGGUUAUGGCAAAAAGAGGCUAAAAUCUUGUUCUUAGGUCUUGAUAAUGCUGGGAAAACUACCCUUCUUCAUAUGCUCAAAGAUGAGAGGCUUGUUCAACAUCAACCAACACAGCACCCCACAUCAGAAGAGUUGAGCAUUGGAAAAAUCAAGUUCAAAGCUUUUGAUUUGGGAGGUCACCAAAUUGCUCGUCGAGUUUGGAAGGAUUACUAUGCUAAGGUAGAUGCAGUGGUGUACCUUGUCGAUGCGUUCGAUAAGGAGAGGUUUGUGGAAUCAAAGAAAGAAUUAGAUGCCCUUCUAUCCGAUGAAGCCUUAGCUAGCGUUCCAUUUCUCAUCCUCGGUAACAAGAUUGACAUACCAUAUGCCGCAUCAGAGGACGAGCUGCGUUUCCAUCUUGGUUUAUCCAACUGUACAACCGGCAAAGGGAAAGUAAACCUCUCCGAUUCCAAUGUCCGAGCCCUGGAGGUUUUCAUGUGCAGUAUUGUCCGUAAAAUGGGUUAUGGGGAAGGGUUCAAGUGGAUGUCGCAGUACAUCAAAUAGAUAAUAUGAUCGAUGAGAUUCGAAAUUCUACACAGGGAUGAGAAGUUUAGGGAAUGAAUUGAGGUUAAAAGAGGUUGAUGUUAUUCAUCUUUUAGUUUGAAAUUUGUUUUUCUAAAUUAAUUGGCUGGGAUUAUGAAUUUUCUGCCUUUUUCUGCAUGGAGAAUCAAAUUAAUUUUUUGUAAGUUGCAGUAAAAUUAACAAAUUUUAUCAGCUUCAGAAUUUGGAAACUCUUCAGAAGAAAUAAAUAUUGGUUUUGUUUGGAUGAUCCUUAA